CCUAUAGAAUGCGACUAACCGCGUCAAAGGAACCCCUGUAUCGUCACUCGCCUUCCGGUCUUCUCCAGAGGUGUCACGCAUCUUUCAUCGACGCUCGCCCAUCGUAAUUCCUUCGUCGCAAUUUAUUCAACCGCGGUUCGAGAAUUACCUGGAUAUCGAGAUGGAGCCCCCUAAUUAGCAAGCGUUUGGUCCGAAUCAUCGAUGGCAGCGUCAACCGCCUGAAUCAGCCAACGCUUAUCUUGCCCGACGAAUCGUUAUUUAUUUAAGUUGGAUGUUCUUCUACAGACCGCAGAGCGCAACGACGAGGCAACAGAUUGAGAUGAUCAACAAGGCCCAACGGGCCGUACACACAACCACGGAUUCCAUCGAGAAACUGCGUCUGCUCUGCCUGGCCAGAGGUGCCAAUGGUAUCCUCGGCCUGGGUAGAGCGUUUCGUCUGAUGGACGAUGACGGCAACAAGCAGCUGAACCUUGAAGAGUUCACGAGAGGCUUGCAGGAAGCGGGCUUGGACGUCCCGGAAGAGGAAAUCCAGGAAAUGUUCAACAAAUUCGACACGGACGACGAUGGAAACGUUAGCGUCGACGAGUUCCUCGUCGCUAUACGGCCUCCGAUGUCUCAGAGCCGUAAGAACGUCGUGGAACAAGCAUUCCAAAAAUUGGACAAAUCUGGCGACGGGAUCAUCACGUGCGAUGAUCUGAAAGGCGUGUACAACGUGAAGUGUCAUCCUCGUUACAUCAGCGGCGAAGAAAGCGAGGAGAGCAUAUUGAACAAGUUCUUGGCUAAUUUCGAACAGAACAACACAAGAGAUGGCAUUGUUACCAAGGAGGAAUUCAUGAACUAUUACAGCGCGAUUAGCGCAAGUAUCGACCACGAUGCGUACUUCGACUUAAUGAUGCGCAACGCUUAUAAGCUCUGAACACUCAGCGGUAUCGCCUCACGAUAAGAGACAUACGUUCCUCGUAGCAUCUGGCUACAACAUACUCGCUUGAUCGGUGCUACGACUGAAUUAUCAACUUUGCAAAGUACGCCAGGCUUCCAUGGCCAAUGUCAACGUUCGAAGAACAUACCGCGUGGCUCUGUCGUCUCCAACUGUGUCCAACUUCGCAAACUGACAGCGUGUAAAACCGUGCAGCUGAGUUCAAGUUCAGGGGUUUCGCUAAUGAAAUAUUGACUUGGAAAGAGUGGCCACGAAUCAUUCCCCAACACCGACGCCACGAGGCUCUUCUGUAAUAAUUAACGAAUGAUUCUAAUUUCGCUCGAGGCUCAGCCUCCCGCGUGGCAAUUAAUCCGUGACUAAGCUAUCUCGCAAAAAGGCAAAGAGGUCAUAAUCAGAUUGUUGAGUAGCGUCUGUCAUUCUACUUCACAAAUCUAUGUACUUUAAGAUAGUUGUUUCGUGGAUAUAUUUAAUGGAGAAUUUUAACGAAACUUCGGUUGAUUGUUGUUUGCUUAAACAUGAAUCAUACGAGCCUAUUAUGUAUACAAUCUAUAAAAGCAUUGAAGGAAAUAUGUCUGUUUGCUUUCCAGAGUAUUACAUAUAACUAUGGUUGCACAGAUAAUUUUUAAUUAGAUAGCUUUUUCAGAAUUAAUCUGUAUAGAAUAAAAGGAACCAAACCUAAUAUAAAUUCUCAACUAUUUAUUGGUUAACACCCAGUAUAUACAUAUAAAUAUAGCCAUACAAAUUCUAACAUGUGUGUAUAACAUCUAAGGGAUAGAAGUUGGUUAUAGGGUCCAAUGCAGUGAAAACAUAUAUGCAUAUUUAAACAUUGUUCGAUAAUAUACAUAUAAUACAUAUUCAAUGCACCAGCGAUUCCACUAAAAAUCACAAAGGACACAUUGAAUCCUUUGAUUAGUUUAACUUUGAAUGCAAUGUUUGUUUGCACUUAAAGUAAUUCCUUAUAUUUUUCAUCAUCCCUCAAUACUGAAAUACAAAAAUAACAAAUAAAACCAUCCAGUCUUACUCUA